AUGAGAUACCAGGAGGUUCAUGAGCCCGAAAACCCAUUCUCACUUCUAGUAAAAGGUCAGACAAUAGUGGAAAUACCUCAAGUGCAGUUGGAAAGCGGCGAAACUUUGCACAAUGUUCCGGUAGCUUUCAAAACCUGGGGGAAGCUUAACAAAGAAGGCACCAAUUGCAUGGUGAUCUGCCAUGCUUUAACGGGUUCCAGUGAUGUAGUUGAUUGGUGGGGACCUUUGUUAGGUAAGGGCAAGGCAUUUGAUCCCAGCAAGUUUUUUAUUGUGUGCUUGAAUUCUUUAGGAAGUCCUUAUGGGUCCUGUUCUCCAGUAACUAGAGAUCCGGCAGUUAAUGAACUAUAUGGUCCAGAAUUCCCCCUUGUAUCAGUCAGAGAUGAUGUGAAUAUACAUAGACUGAUUCUAAAUGAUCUUGGUGUCAAGCAGGUCGCAAUAGUAAUAGGAGGAUCUAUGGGUGGAAUGCUUGCUUUAGAAUGGUGCUUUUUUGGUCUAUCGUAUGUCCUCAACUGCGUCGUUUUGGCCACCAGUGCUAAGCAUAGUGCAUGGUGUAUAUCUUGGGGAGAAGCCCAAAGACAAAGUAUAUACAGUGAUCCCAAAUAUGAUGACGGUUAUUACCCACUGGAAGAUCCACCUAUUCAAGGAUUGGGAGCUGCUAGAAUGAGCGCUUUGUUGACUUAUCGUUCUCGCAACUCUUUCGAAGAACGUUUUGGACGAGGAGCCCCAACGCCACAAAUGAGAGAAAAGUCUCUUCGAACUUCCGUCAUAACUGAUGCCAUUGAAGCACCUGCUGUUAGCGAAGAUAACUGCGCUGUACAUAACGAUGGACAUUAUUCAUACUCUUCAUCCACCAAAGUUAGAUCAAGAUCUCUGUCUUCGAACAAUUUUAGUCUUUUAGAUGUGAAAGAGGACACAAGUAGUAUUGUCAACCAACAUGGCGUUGGUCAACGUACCCGCCGUCGUCCACAGCAUUAUUUUUCUGCUCAAAGUUACUUAAGGUACCAGGCAGCCAAGUUCAGUCAAAGAUUUGAUGCUAAUUGUUAUAUAUCCAUUACAAGGAAAUUGGACACACAUGACGUGGGAAGGAACAGACCUGAAUUUCAUAACUCCACAAUAGAGGCUCUCCAAUCGUUAGAACAGAAUUUCCUUGUAGUAGGCAUACAAUCUGAUGCCCUGUUUACAUACUCAGAACAGGUUUUCAUAGCAAAACACGUUAAGAAUUCCAAGUUAUGCAAAAUUGACUCUCCAGAGGGCCAUGAUGCGUUUUUAUUAGAGUUCGAAGCAAUUAACAAGCUGAUUCUAGAAUUUGAAAUCGAACACGUUCCUGAACUUCUAAUGCAAACCUCCGACGAUUCUUGGUCGGAUUCUGAACUAGGAAACACUAAGGAGAGCAUAUUCGGUGAAGUUGAGGAUCCGACGUCGUGGUAA